AUGGCCCGUUGUACAAAUGCAUCCGAUGUUACAGACGUACCAAUUACAAACAACAAUAAUAACAGUGCAUUCCAAGUUGACGAUCUGGUGUGUAAAACACGUGUGGCACGGAACGUGAAAUCUGUGAUCUAUAUCGGUGUCUUACUGAUGCAGGGCGAUGAGGCCUUGGAAGCGGCAUUCCGUACGGGAAUCCAGGCGGCCAAUCAAGUGCUCCGGGAAAACGAAGCGCUACAAUUUCAUCAACUGGAACCUCUGAUUGAGACUGUGCCCAAGGAAAAUGUCUUUGCCGCAACGCAACAAGCAUGCCGGUUACUCGAUCGGGGUAUUGUUGCCCUGUACGGUCCUCGAAAUGCAGCACUUUCCAAAUCCCUAUUGUCACUGGCCAAUCGGUUUGGUGUUCCGUAUGUAGAAACCCAAUGGAAUUUGUCACCCACCUCGGACACGUACUCGCUGAGCAUGUAUCCUAAAGCGGACACGUUUGGCGAGGGCCUGUACGAAUAUCUAACCCGUGUGGAGAAAUGGCGUCACGUGACUAUCAUCCAUGAACAUCCAGAAAGUUUGCUCAAAUAUGUCACACUAAUCAACAAAUUUGAGGACGGAUUGAAAGUAAAAUCAUGGGCAGCGAAUUCGGCAGCCACACGUGCCAUGCUGGCUGAAUUGAGUACGGGAAACGAGCGCAACUUCCUCGUGGACAUUCCCACCUGGCAAGUUCGAGAUUUCCUUGUCAUGGAUGUAAAUUUCAUGGACUUGAGCGCGUUCAAAGUGACCAUGGGCGCCCAAAUCAAAACGUUCUCAAUUUUGUCAAAAAUUGGCAUGACCGAGUCUCUACAGCGCAGCUUACUUAGUUCCUGGCAAACGGACGCACCCGGUUCCUCCAGAACCACCGGUCAACCUAUGAAUCGUCCCAUACUGGGACUUGGACCAGAGAUGAACACACAUUUUGGGUUGCUCUAUGACAGCAUUCUCCUACUGGCCCACGGUCUUGUCACCGUGACAAAAACAAGAUCGUUAUUGCCUCAAAAACUCAGUUGUGAACGUCCACCGGGUCUUUGGCCACUUGGAUUGAGUCUCAUCAAUGCUAUGAAAUCGACCCGGCCAGAGUUGGUUCGUGGCUACACCGGGCAGUUUCGAUUUGAUCGGGAGGGUCUACGGACUCUAUUUGAUAUAACCACGCUAGACCUGACCGAGGGAGGGUUUGUUCCGACGGGAAUUUGGAAUGUGGAUGAACAAAUGAAAAUUGUGACCAGACCACCAAAGAAGUUGCCUCACAAACUGGCUAAAGACACACCAACAGUACUCAAAGUUACAACAAAACAAGAUCCUCCAUUUAUGAUCAUAAAAAAGAAGGAUGCCUAUGGCAAACCGUUGAUCACUCCAGACGCGUGGCAAGGAUACUGUAUCGAUUUACUGGAUGAAAUAUCUAAGAAGGUGGGCUUCAAUUACACGGUACACUUGACGCCGGAUGGGAAUUACGGAUCCAGCACCAUUUUACCCAAUGGAACGGAAAUUUACGAUGGCAUUAUGGGUGAACUCAUUCGACGGGAAGUUGACAUGGCUGUAGCCGCUUUUACGAUCACCUACGAACGGGAAAAACUGGUCGAUUUCAGCACUCCAUGGAUGACCAUUGGCGGAAGUAUCAUGUUCACGCGACCAAAGAGUCAAAAGCCGUCACUGUUCUCAUUUUUGCAACCUCUGGCGCCUCAAGUGUGGUUUUACGUUUUGGCGAUAUAUUUUGCGGUUUGCGUCUGCAUGUUUAUCGCCUCACGGCUGUCGCCAUACGAAUGGAAUGCUCCACAUGCAUGUGAAGAUGGCGGUGACAUGACCAAAAACCAAUUCACUUUGCUAAACAGUUUCUACUACAACAUCUCCGCUUUGCUCAAUCAAGGAACUGAACUGGCUCCUCAGGCAACAUCGACACGGCUCCUAACCGGCGUAUGGUGGUUCUUUGCUCUCAUCAUUAUCGCCACCUAUACGGCCAAUUUGGCUGCCUUCCUCACAGUUGAGAAUACCAAAUCACCCAUUGAGAGUGCCGAGGAUUUAGCGAACCAAGAUAAGAUCAAAUACGGCACCAUAUCCAGCGGAUCCAGUCGGGACUUUUUCAAGACCACUACACUGUCCACUUUCAAAAAGAUGGGCGAUUUCAUGGACAAACAUCCGGAAUAUUUAGCUGAUCGCACCGAGAUCGGGGUGGAACGCGUCAAACAAGGAAACUAUGCGUUUAUUUUGGAAUCGGCUUGGAAUGAGUACUACGUACAGCGGGAUUGCAGCCUAAUGCAAGUCGGUGCUCUGCUCGAUUCCAAAGGAUAUGGAAUCGGAUUUCCACAAGGAUCCCCAUGGCGCGAUCGAGUGUCCAGUGCGAUUCUUCAGCUCCAAAACGAUCAACAACUGGACAAGUUAAAAAGAAAAUGGUGGAAUGAGUACAAUAUUACGGAACCGUGCAACUUGCUCAGGGAAUCCAGCAAAGCUCCAAGUCCACUGGGAGUGGAACAGAUUGGCGGUGUUUUCAUUAUGCUCCUGGUUGGAUUCUUUCUUGGAUUCAUGGUUUCCAUCGUGGAGUUUAUUAUUGCCACAAGAGACAAGAAACGAUCGGACAUCCUGAAGGCUAUGUGGCGUGAACUCACGUUCGCAGUUCGUUGUCUAACCACCUCCAAACGUCUCAAGUCGGAAGUGAAGAAAAUGCCCCGUUCCCGUUCAAACAUCAAACUGAUCAGCUCGGUACAGAGUGGCAUGUGUGCUAUGGAUCCGAAAUUGGCUUACAUACCUCCCACAAUUGAUCCGCAUGUGACAGGUGAGUCGGCCGAUCCGCUUCUGGCCAAUGCCCAAACUCACCCAGCACAAAGCACUAUGAAUACCACUCAGCCGGAUAUGCCUUCGUCACUUGGUUCACUGGAUUUCGAGGCAGGACCCGCAGGGGAUUAUCCAGUCCCGGGAACAGGUCCAGGUCAGAUUAAUUAUCCGUGGACGUCAGGUCCAGCUGCUGCUGCAAUACAAAGGCGUCCGAAUGUUGGCAGAGUUAAGGCAAUGAAAACCAGUAUGGUUCAUCCAGAGAAUCCGAAUGCCACUGGUGGUCAAGAAUUGUGGCAAUUUAAUCAAGCUCGUUAG